ACGACUUUGUACCCAGCCCGCAUUCCUCGCGCAACGACUAUUUUUUCAUUCUUUCUUCCACUUAUCCCAAGGAUCAGAACAGAGCAUUCAUUCCAAUAUUCGAUCUCGACGACAAAAGCGUUGGUCUGCCCAAGAUGAAUAGAAAUAACUAUCCCGCCUCAUCAUCUGGUCCUCCGCCACCUCAAAGCCAUGAGAGGUACGAUCGACAGCCGCAACCUCCGCAGCCACCGCCGCCCUCAUUUCUUCCUCCACCACCCCCUACAGACCGAUCAUGGAACGAUCAUCAAAGCCAACAAGACCGAAGGAGUGAACACCAAUUUCGUGGCCCCUAUUCUAGCCUGCGUCAGACUCGCUCAGACGACCGCCAUCGAUCCAAUGACGAUUAUCGCGACCGUGACAGCCAUCGGCCUCCUCAAGGUGAUUUUACCUUUCGCGUCGAACGUCCUUCCGGCAUAGAAUCCUACGAUUCAUAUCGUCCCCCAGAGCGAGAUUUUGGAAGAGCAUAUGACGAUGAACGAAGCUCAUCUCAUCGUUUACGUCAUGGCGAGAACGAGAGAUCAGGAGGUCGCGAUACCCGCCCUCGUCGUACUGAUGAUCGUAGACGCCAGCAACGCCAAUAUCCAUCGAACGCCGGUCGGCCCCGCACGGGACGUUAUGAAAAAGUACUGCCAGCUGACCGGCUUCUCCUGCGUAAAAAACAUGAUGACAGUGCAGAACUAAUGCUAGGAAAUACCAUUGGGCGAGCUACUUACCGCGAUGUUGAUGAGCUUUCAGAUAGCGACGAGGCUGCUAUGGACAUCUCGGACAACUCGGACAACUCGGACUCGGAUGCAGACGAGCCUGCAAGAAAGCGUGCGCGCACAUCGGCUGCAACAACUUCAAAGCCAGAACAAGAAGUACCAAGAUGGUCGAAUCCUGACCCAUAUACAGCCCUCCCUCCUCCUGAUGAAAGCACGCGCAAGAAGAAAGAUAUGGUCCAAUUAAUUCGUAAGGCGCGUGUGGAGGCUGAAGCAAAGAAGCCGACGACGCAAACAGAGGGACUGGACUUCAUUUCAUGUGAUUUGAGUGGUGACGAGAAGGACAACAGGUACGACAACAAAAAAAACCCAAGGACUCAAAAUAACCGCAAUGAUUACAAUAAACACAGUGUGAGUCAUGAUGCAGAGGGACAGGAUUGGAGAGGAACGACUAGAAUCGAGAGGUCGCAAGAGUCUAUUAAAAAAGUUGGUGCGGUACAACUUUCAGGCACGAACACGUCUGCACCUUUAUCUACCUCAUCAACUCUCCCACCUAAACCUCCCAUUUCCUUAUCCACUUACGAGGCACACGCUGAAGCUACAUCAACUGGCGCACCAAGUUCAAGCACACAUGGUACAAAUGGUGCAUAUGGUGCAAGCACCAACACCAAUCCCGUUGACCUAACACCUUCUAACAUUUUCGGUUCUCGAAAACGCACAUACGACGAAUCAUUCAAAUUACUACCACAAUCUUCAUCAAAGCCAUCUACAAAGAUGCAUAUCACACCUGGAAAUAUGGUGCCAGAAUGGCGACCUGUCGAUGAUAAUUCGUGCCCUUGGUCAACAACUGAUCAUUCAGAGGUAUCUUCUAUAGCAACACGCCUCCACCUCGAGGUCCUCGAUUUCUACAAAUUUGUGAGCCCCCUCGAUUUUGAGAAUCGAGUUCGGGGGGAUUUAAUUGAGAACCUCCGAAAGCUUGUGAAGGAGAAAUGGUCGGAUGCGGAUAUAUAUCCAUUCGGCUCGUUUACGUCGGGUCUGUAUCUACCGACCUCGGAUAUGGAUAUUGCAGUGUGCUCGCAGAGCUAUUGUGAUUAUCGUCAACCGCGUUAUGACCGGAAGAAGGACCUGUAUAAUUUACGAACCCACCUCCUUUACCAUCGCGCAGCCUACAAUAAUGACAUCAAUGUCAUUGCCAAAGCUAAAGUACCCCUUCUCAAGUAUACCGAUAAGCGAACCGGUUUGAAGGUGGAUAUUUCUUUCGAGAACCUCAGUGGCCAUUAUGCCAUCGAGACGUUCCUCCAGUGGAAGAAACGGUAUCCUGCGAUGCCGAUCCUGGUUUCCAUCAUCAAACAGUUCCUAAUGAUGCGCGGCUUAAACGAGCCGGUCAAUGGUGGCAUUGGCGGUUUCUCCGUCAUCUGUAUGAUUGUCAACUUGUUCAACCAAGUCCCACAAAUCCAAAGUGGUACUAUGGUGCCCGAACAUCAUCUAGGCGAAGUUCUUAUGGAGUUCUUCGAUUACUAUGGCAAUCAUUUCAAGUAUAAGACGGUGGCUAUCUGUCUAAGCCCACCAAUGCUAAUCUCGAAGACCGAUGUUAGAGGAAUCAAUUAUCGCAACUUCGACCGUAUCUCUAUCAUUGACCCUAAUAACCCCGAGAAUGACAUUUCGGGUGGCUCGAGCAACACACCAAUGAUAAUGGCUCAUUUCGCUCAUGCUCACAAGGUUCUCAAAGAGCGCAUGGCGGAACUCUCUAAGAAAAAGGGUCCGCACUCUUUGCACGAUACCCUCCUCGCCCCCCUCUUCGCGGGAAACUAUUCUAUGUUCGAGGGACAACGGAGCAUCCUUGAACACGUGUCAGCCGUCGGCUACGAGGAGUACGAAGUCAAGAAGCGGAGACCUCAGAGAGACUAAGUGCAUGAUCGUGAACUACGUUGCAACUCAUAUUCCGUCAGAGUUCCAAGGUUAUAUCUAUACAACAAAAGCCACACUAAUGGUGAUGCUCUUAGUAGGAGCAUAUAUUCUGGGCAAUUGGUAUGAGGAUUAUAUUGGCACAACCUUGCGAACUUUCCGUUGGAGUCGGCCAAUACCAUACUUGGAAUCAACGGCAGACAUACGAACCGGUUAGGAUUUACAGACACGGCGUUUCUCGGAUGACACGAUGAUACCAUUUUCUUUCCUGUUUCCCGGUCGCUUAGGCGUUUAAAACCAGCCCUCCGUUAGGGUUGGGAUUGGUUUACAAUGUGUAAUUUAGUAGGCUGAGGGCCGACUCGACACAGUUGUGUCGUUGUCGGUCUUCUUGCCCCUUUGUUUCCUAUCCUCUUGUUGAUCCCCAUUCCCCUUACACACCCGCAUCGGCCUAUUGGCCUCUAGCCAAGUGGAAAGGGAUGGAUAAUUCAGACAUUUCUUCUAUACUUUUUAAGACCAUCUCCAGUGGAGAGAUUCCGUGCAUGAUCCAUAAGACUGAUUUUUUUUCUAUCUAAAUCUUUUAACAUUAAAACAGUAGCUAGGUAGGUACAAUCACGCGGCUACUUGGUUGCUAAUAUCUUGCAGGCCUUGGGUUUACUUACAACAAAUUACCGCCUUCUUUUUGAAGAGUGAUAACUGGCCGACCGCC